GACACCUACUGCCCACCAGCUGUAACACACACAAGUUACAAAACACUGACAUUUGCAGCCAUUUACACGCUCGCGUGUGCUGCUGCGUUAUACAAACACUGGAGUUCCUGCUCUUAAACUGCAGCGCCAAACACUGAACAUCACAGGGGGAGAAAUGAAAGGCAGACCGACGAAGUCCGAUGCAUCUGAAUCAAAGGGAAAAGUGAAGAAAAGAACCGGGGAGACCUCUGCCCCAACUCUCUCCAAAAGGCUACGAGCCAAAAAAGAUGGAGAAAUAUCCAAACAAGCAGCAGGGCCUCCUCUCAAGUCUGCAGGAGUCCAGAAGAGAAGUGGGCGAGGAAGCAUCCUGCACUACAUUUAUAAAAGCACUUUGGGGCAAAGUCUUCACUCACAGAUGAGACAGUGUCUUCAGGAACCUUUUGUUCGCUCACUGUCGUCGUAUCAUUUCCACGGUGCUACCAGCCCCUUCGACCGCAGGAUCACCUGUCUGGAGUGGCAUCCCACUCAUCCCACCACUCUGGCUGUGGGGUCCAAGGGUGGUGAUAUAUAUCUGUGGGACUUUGAGGUGCCCAUGAAGAAAACUUUUAUUCAAGGGGUGAGUUCCUGCAGCGGAGCGGGAGAUUUUAUUGGAGGGAUGAAGUUUUGCCCGAUGGACCUUUCCAAAGUCUAUGUGGCUUCUGGUGAGGGCUCGUUGACCAUGCAGAGCUUUGAGGGCCGCGCACCCGCUGUUCUGUCCAGAACUCAAGACUGUGGCCACGAUCACCACAAUGUUUGUUACUGGUACUGCUGUGUAGAUGUGUCAGUAAGCAGACAGAUGCUUGUGACAGGAGACAAUGUGGGACAGCUCUUACUCCUGGGUUUGGAUGGCCAAAAGAUUUUCAGUGACAAGUUGCACAAAGCCAAAGUGACCCAUGCAGAGUUCAACCCCCGUUGUGAUUGGUUGUUGGCGACGGCCUCAGUUGACCACACGGUGAAGCUUUGGGACCUGAGAAACAUCAAAGAUAAGAAGAGCUUCCUCCAUGACAUGCCUCAUGAGAGAGCUGUCAACUCUGCCUUUUUCAACCCGUUGGACUGCUCCAAGUUGCUCACCACGGAUCAGUAUGACCAGAUCCGGGUCUACUCAUCCUCUGAUUGGUCGAAGCCUCAACAUAUCAUCCAACAUCCGCACAGACAGUUUCAGCAUCUCACACCCAUCAAGGCCACAUGGCACCCUGUCUAUGACCUAAUUGUGGUGGGCCGCUACCCUGAUGACCGGGUUUGCCCCGGAGAUCAGAGGAGCAUCGACAUCUUUGAUUCCAACACAGCAGAGCUUGUGUGUCAGCUGCAGGAUCCCACAGCUUCAGGGAUCAAAUCUAUCAACAAAUUCAAUCCAGUGGGUGAUGUGAUUGGAUCUGGAAUGGGUGUAACGGUGCUGGUCUGGGACAGGAACGAGUCAUUGAUCAGUGAUCGGCACAAAGAACAGGAGGAAACCUUGACCUCAGCGGACGGCUUAAGGUGCCAGAGGAGGACUCAGCAGCGCUCCAGCAGGGACAGGAGAGGUCCUGCUGUGGAUGCAAAGCUCAAGAAGAAACUAGCUUCUAUGCAACGAUCAGAGACCAAAACCAAGACGAAGACUGGGUGUACUAAACAAAAACAAGCCCAGAUGAGGAAGAAGUAAACUAUAUGGUAGUGAGGAUCUUGAAAAUCCAUGUGUGUAUAUUCCUUUUGUUUACUGUUUGUUGUGUCUCUGACUUCAGGGAUUGUUUGAAUGUUCAAAAAACGUUUCAGAUAUCUUUUAUAAACCAGUUUAAAACUCUUGUAUGUUCUCACAAAUGUUUUUUUACUGUAAUAAAAAUGACCAUGUUUCAUA